UGUAAAGCGUAUAUUUGCCCGCAACUUCAAUAUAAAAUACAUUCGAACUCGCAACCUAGGGCUUUAUUCUUUUACCCUCUUGUUUCCGUGUGAUAUUUUCUCGCCUCGGACGACUCUAAGUUAAGCCAGCAACAUGGCGGCGGCGAGCAUUGAGAGAGGAGGAGGGCGGCGAGCUAUGGAGGAGGAGGACGACGCUAAGCUCGUAUUUGAGACUUCGAAAGGCGUGGAGCGAAUCAUGAGCUUCGACGAGAUGGGAAUAAAGGACGGCCUCCUCAGAGAAAUCUACAACUAUGGGUUCGAGAAGCCUUCCGCAAUUCAGCAGCGCGCUGUCCUCCCCAUUAUCUCUGGCCGUGACGUUAUUGCUCAGGCGCAGUCUGGUACGGGCAAGACUUCCAUGAUUGCUCUUGCUGUUUGCCAGAUUGCCGAUACCAAGUCCUCAGAGGUCCAAGCCUUGAUACUGUCACCUACAAGAGAGCUGGCUGCUCAGACAGAGAAAGUAAUAUCGGCAAUUGGUGACUAUAUAAAUAUACAAUCUCAUGCUUGUAUUGGAGGCAAAAGUGUGGGUGAGGAUAUAAGAAAAUUAGAACAUGGAGUUCAUGUGGUAUCGGGUACUCCAGGCAGAGUUUGUGACAUGAUCAAGAGGAGAACUUUACGAACUAGAUCAAUCAAAUUAUUAAUUCUGGAUGAGUCUGAUGAAAUGCUGAGCAGAGGGUUUAAGGAUCAGAUUUAUGAUGUUUACAGAUAUCUUCCGCCAGAGAUUCAGGUUGUCCUGGUCUCUGCCACCCUUCCAAAUGAAAUAUUGGAGAUGACAAGCAAAUUCAUGACUGAUCCUGUUCGGAUACUUGUAAAGCGUGAUGAACUGACCCUUGAGGGCAUCAGGCAAUUUUUUGUUGCCGUAGAAAGAGAAGAAUGGAAAUUUGACACUUUAUGCGAUUUAUACGAUAUCCUCACAAUUACCCAAGCUGUUGUCUUCUGUAACACGAAGCAGAAGGUGGAUUGGCUGGCAGCACAAAUGCGUAAGAAUAACUUCACCGUCUCUUCUAUGCAUGGAGAUAUGCCACAAAAGGAGCGAGAUGCAAUUAUGGGAGAAUUUCGCUCUGGCCAGACCAGACUUCUUAUAACAACAGAUGUAUGGGCUAGGGGACUGGAUGUUCAACAGGUAUCUUUGGUGAUUAAUUAUGAUCUUCCAAACAACAGAGAGCUUUACAUCCAUCGUAUUGGAAGAUCCGGCCGGUUUGGGAGGAAGGGUGUUGCCAUAAGUUUUGUUAAAAGUGAUGACAUCAAAAUCUUAAGAGAUAUCGAGCAAUACUACAGUACACAAAUCGAUGAAAUGCCAAUGAACGUGGCUGAUCUGGUUUAGCUUUAUUUAUUCGCUGUCUUGAACUCUGGCCGGCUACACUUUGUCAGUAUGGGCAGAGUUAUGAAAGAUCUUGGAUAGAUUAAUGAUUAGUAAUGGCUGUCUGGGCUUUGUUUAUAGUAGGAACACUAACUGCUGGAGUAUUUUUGGUUCUUUUGGUAUUGUGUUCGCAAGUAAAUACUUUGGUUCUAAUUUUAAAUGCUACUUUAUUGCUGGCUCUGUCACAGCUACUCGAUAGUUUCUUCGUGCUUAUGAAUUUCUAACUUACUAUUCCCAUUUACUUUUAUUUGAUUGAAA